AUGGCUCGCAAGGCUGCAUGCAAUGCGGAGGAAGUUACGUGGCUCGUUUGGUGUUUCGAGCAUUGCUUGAAGCCCGAGCAGGCCGUAGUCCGCAAGGAGUUGGCGGCUCUUGCGACCAAGUUCGGAUGCAAGUUGGUGUGUUACAAGAAAUGCAUGAGCUUUCUCAGAUGGCUGGAGGGCAUGAAGGGGAGCAUACUGCUCGUCGCAGAUUGGCGAGAAGCCAAGCCCAUCAUGGAGGAGAUCAGCAAGCAAAACAGGGGCCAUGACUUGCGCAUGUGUGUCGUCGCACAAACAGCAACGAUCCUUCGCCGCGCAUCUUCCUGGGCACGCGCUCAGAAUGGAUGUGCAGAGAUCAUGGUGUCGUCGGGCUUCUUGCGACACAAAGUGGAGGAGUUGAUCGCAAGCCAUGUGCAGGCCUUGCGCAUGACCGGUCUGGCUGCAGUUUCGCACGGCGCGAAGUCUACCGGGGCCUACGGAUGGUUGUCUCUGCCGAAUCUUCUCGAAGCGGUACAUGACCCCAAGCAAGCUCAUCGACUUGAGAAGCUCAUCAAGCAAACAAUGUGGCAAGUCUACGAGGACUGA